CUCUUACAAUUCUUCUUGGCUCCCUUCUUCCAACCAGGCAACCACACACUUCUCAGAGGUACGUUGCAUUCCUUUCUCUGCUCUUUCAUCUUUCCCCCAAAAUCAUGGCCGAAUCCCUUCUCUUCAGCGUCGCAGACUCACUCAUUGGGAAGAUUACUUCUUUGACUGUUAAAGAAGCUUCUUCGGUGUUGAGUGUGAAGGCCGAUCUGAAUAGACUCAAAGAAACUUUGUCGUUCAUCAAAGCUGUGCUGUUGGAUGCAGAGCAAAAGCAGCAACAGAACAAUGAGUUGCGUGUGUGGCUUAGACAGAUUAAGCGUGUUUUCUCUGAUGCCGAAGACAUAAUCGAUGAUGUUGAGUGCGAAGCGUUACGAAAGCAUGUUGUCAACACUUACGUUAGCAACACAAGGAAGGUACGCCGUUUCUUUUCAACUUCAAAUCCUCUUGUUUAUCGUCUUCGAAUGGCGCAUCAGAUCAAAGAUAUAAAACAGAGAUUAGACAAGGUUGCCGCUGAUAGGCAUAAGUUUGGCCUUCAAACCAUUGAGAAUGAUACACGUGUUGUGCAUAGGAGGGAAAUGACUCACUCCCAUGUUGAUGCUUCGGAUGUGAUAGGAAGGGAAAAUGAUAAAGAUAAAAUUUUAGAGCUUUUGUUACAGCAUGAUGGUGAUGAUAAAAGUCUAUCUGUUAUCCCCAUCGUGGGAAUGGGAGGCUUGGGGAAGACUACACUUGCAAAGUUGGUGUUUAACGAUGAGAGGAUAGACGAUAAGUCUUUCCCAUUGAAGAUGUGGGUGUGUGUCUCUGACAAUUUUGAGCUUGAGGAUUUGCUUCGUAAAAUUCUCAAGUCUGAUACGGUUAGUAGUGCAUCUGCUCCUACCCUAACUCACCAGGAAAGCUUUAAAAGUUGUGAUAUGGAGCAACUACAACAUCUUGUAAGGAGUAAACUUGAUGGUAAAAAGUUCUUGCUUGUCUUGGAUGACGUAUGGAAUAGGGAUCGUGUUAAAUGGGUUGAGUUGAAGAAUUUACUGCAAGGAGGUGCUGCAGAAAGUAAAAUCUUGGUGACUACACGUAGCCACUCAGUUGCUACCAUGGUGGCCACUGGUUCAUCUUACGAAUUACAAGGUCUUUCUGAAGAUGAUUCCUUGUCCCUAUUUGUCAAAUGGGCUUUUAAAGAAGGAGAAGAGAGGAGAUAUCCAGAAUUGUCGAAGAUUGGGAAAGAAAUUAUGAAAAAAUGCGGUGGGCUUCCAUUGGCAGUGAGAACAUUAGGUAGUUCAUUAUUCUUGAAAGUUGAUAUGAAAGACUGGGAGUCUGUUAGAGACAAUGAGAUUUGGAAAUUACCACAAAAAGAAGGUGACAUUCUUCCUGCUUUACAAUUAAGUUAUGAUCAACUGCCUUCAUAUUUAAAACCAUGUUUUGCUUGCUUCUCCCUUUUCCCAAAAGACUUUGGUUUCCGUGCUUUUCAUGUUAUUAGGCUUUGGGAGGCACAUGGUUUUCUUCCAUCACCAAACAAAAACAAAACACCGCUUGAUUUUGGCAUCGAAUUAUUGCGUGAGCUACAAUCAAGAUCUUUCCUUCAAGAUUUUAUUGACUUUGGUACUGCUUGCAUGUUUAAAUUACACGAUUUGGUGCUUGAUCUUGCAAUGUAUGUUGCAAACAAUGAGUUUCAGCUCAUAAAUUCCUGCGGUCAGAAUAUAUUUGAGACUGCCCAGCAUUUGUCAUUCGUCAAAAAUGAUUUGCAUGGUCAAACUUCCAUUCCGAGAGGUUUGAGAACCGUAAUUUUUCCUGAGGGUGCCAACGAUGAAGCUUUCUUGAAAACAUUGGUGUCGAGGUGCAAAUACUUGCGGUUUUUGAAAUUAAUUAAUUCUGAGUAUGAGAGUUUGCCGCGCUCCAUUGGUAAGUUGAAACAUUUAAGAUAUCUCUGUCUCACUAAUAAUCAAAUGUUGAAGAGUCUCCCUAAAUCAUUGAGCAAGCUCCAAAAUCUGCAAGCUUUGCACCUCUCUAAAUGCCCAAAGCUACAAACAUUGCCCAAAGGAAUAGGAAACUUGAUCAGCCUUCGAAUUUUGAGUAUAAGCACAAAGCAAUCUGAUUUUCCGGACAAUGAUAUUGCAAAAUUGACUUCUCUAGAAAUAUUAUGUGUGAAGUAUUGUGACAAUUUGGAGUCAUUUAUAGAAGGGAUACGACUUCCUAAUCUUAAACGGCUGGAAAUUGUUUCUUGUGGGAGUCUAAAGUCUUUGCCAGUUCAUGCAUCUCCAAACCUAGAGACUUUGUUUAUUAUAGAGUGCGAUAAGUUGGAACUGUCAAAGGGCGUUGACAACCAAAUACCUCAAUUAGAGUUAAAGUUUCUACAACUUCAUUGUUUGCCACAGCUGGUGACUUGGCCUCAAUGGCUGCAAAGAUCUGUGAGCACAUUACAUUCUUUGAUUAUUAAAGAUUGUGGUAAUCUUGAGGAGCUUCCCGAGCAGCUGUCAGCUUCAAUUUGUCUCAAAACACUUGCAAUUGUGAAUUGUCCAAAGUUGCAUUCACUCCCAGAUGAUAUGAAUCUCUUCACCAACCUUGAAUAUUUACAAAUUGGAAAUUGCCUUGAACUAUGCAGAAGAUACCAGCCAGAAGUCGGACUAGAUUGGCCCAAAAUAUCGCACAUCAAACAAGUCUACAUUUAUCAACCGGUGAAGUAGAAUAGGAAGAGGAAUUCUCGGACAAUGCAGUCGUUGAAGUGAAUUAUUUUCAAUGAUGCAUCAAAUUUGCCUCCGGCGAUUGUAUACAUAUGCAUAAAAAAUAGAGAUUUGCCUAAAUGGACUACUUUUCUACGACAGGUCACAAGAAAGUGAAGAAUGCAUUUUAAGAUCAGCAUCUGCAAUUACAAUGGCUAGCUGGUUCAUAUUGUGGAGUAUUAAGCUUAUUUUCACCAUCAUCUCCAAAGUUUCUUGCUUACUGUGGGGUGAACUAUAGACUGCUGUUAUUUCUUGCUUGCAAUGCAGAGGACUACUCAGAUUUAAGUUUUUGUAUUAUGACAUAUUAAGUUUGAUGUUAAUUC